AUGGGCCACCACAACAAGAGAAUAGGUCAGCUAACAUUGCAAGUACAACACAGUCGUCAUCUACUACUGCCACCUUCUUGUCACCACCGACAACUAAAAGGAAUUAAAAAGACAAGCAACAACACAUUUGGAGGUGGAUGCAAAUGUGAGAGUCAGUCUGUACCACAAGGUAUAGCUACCAAUCAUCUUUCUUGUGGUACUCAAUCUGAUUGCAAGUUUUCCAAGAUGCUUGUCUUGAACAAUGGACUGCCAAAUGAGCUGCCUCUUAACCCUUGUGAUAAACGGCCAGAAAGCAAUGGUGGUUGCUAUCAAACACAACUCCUAAAGCUGCCUAAAUCUUGUCCAGAUUUUUUUCAAACUCUCAAUGAUAAACCAGAAACUUCCUUGCAGAACGAUUUGGUAUCAAUUGGCCCUGAAGACAGUUCAGAUUCUGAAGAACUUGGCCUUACAACACACAGGCCAAAUAUGAAUGCCGACAGCUUCCUCGACUUGGUUACAGAUAUGACCGCCCAGGACUUCAGACAUGGUUACCGGCAGGGACGCAAGGAUAGAGCCAUAUCUUCUUGGAAGAAGGGAGACAACUUAGUGAAAGUUCAGGAGGAGGAUACUAAGAGAAAUCCUCACACUGCCACCAAUAACUUUACAAACAGGAAGGGAAAUGGCCGACAAAGGCUUGAAAAUAGCAAAUACAACCCAAUGCACUCUUCUCCUCCACAAACACACAACUUUGUGCACAUGCAGCAGGGUGAGUACGAGAUGGAUGAUGUGAGUGUUGCUUAUCAUCAAAACCACCCUCGGCACUUACGAAAUUAUGAGCAGUAUGUUGUUCCUCCUAAUUUUGCAUACACUGCAGAUGAUAUCUACAGGAAUGCUUUCUCUGUGGGGUCGUACCCUAAUCUCAUGACCCAGAAAAAGAUGUUAAGUUUUGUCAAUGCUCUUGUCUCACCCACUUUCUUUACACCAUCUUAUUCCCAGCAACAGGAAUUAGCCCAUUGUCAGUACUAUGCUGCUGUCAAUCAGCAAGAUGUUCCUCUCAGUCACCGGCAAUCCGCCCAGCAGACCCCCGGAGGAGAAACUUAUGUCACAAAUACAAUCCAGCCUCAGACUCCAAUGGGGUUAACAAGUUUUUCUUCUCCCUCCUCUGCUUCCUCUUAUGUUGAUAGGCUGCAUCCAAUGGACACUCUUACUUCUGUUGGUGGGGAUUAUUCAGGCCAAACUCCUCAGCUUCAUCUACAACAGACAAAUACACCUCAGGUUGUUGGCCAGGAGAACUGGCUCCAAAAUGGUGGUGGUGAAGAAUCUUGCAGCUCAAGUUUAGGAACUAGUGGUUGUUGCAAUAAUGGUAAACCCAUCUUUCGGUCUCGGUCUUUUUCUGCUGUGGAACAGAGUAGCAGAGAGGCUGAACUUUCAGUUCAUGCUGACAACUAUUUCUCUACAAUGUCACCUCACCAUUCCAGCAUUGGAGAUAUGGAGAACCGUUUACACAAUCUUCAUCUCUGUCAUUCCAAGUCUGAUAACCAAUAUCACUAUCCCCCAAACCCUUGUGCCAAGGGAAAUUUGCAAAUCAGUCCAGAGGGCUUAGUUACUAACAAGGCCAAUUUAAAUGACUGUGUGUCUUGUGCUGAAAAUUUACAUCCAGGGAAUUCUUGGCAACAAGAUUCCAGAGACCAGUCAUGUUGUACUCCAUUUUCUUGGAUUCCUGACAGACAUGUUAUGACCCAAUCAGAGUUUUAUGAAGACGAUGCAGGUUUUGUCACUGAUGCAACUGAUGAUAAUGUCUUUUGUCAAUCGGGAACAGAGUUUAACUUGCCCUCUUCAUGGCCUGCAUGGACUUUGUCAAUGAAGAGCCAUAAAUUGGCUUGCCAUCCAAAUGGCAAAAGUCACUCAUUUUCCCAAGCUGAGAACUCUUUCUCAUCUGGAGGCAACAAACUAGAAAGUUAUUCAGACACAGAAGUUUAUUCGAAAUCUCCACAGUCUAUUUCUCUCCAUAAGUUUCAACCAAGCAGUGAAUAUGAGGAUGUUAGUCACCAAGAUGUCCCAAGUACAACGCAGGCAGUCUUUGCAAUGGACGAGGAUAUCUUCAGUUCUCCAGAUACCAAUUUGCAUUUUCCUGUUCCAGCAUUAAAUUUGGCCGAUUCCUCAGAGUUUGACAAUCGACAGUUUGGCUGUUUCAUUGACAGGGAUCAUCAAGAACGGUUUCAGACUACUCAGGUGCAUGAAGACAGCUUUGCAAGAUACCCCAGUACAAAGUACAGCUGUCCUAAGGGACCAAGGAAGGUGAGGAGGAAAUCUGGUGGUGGGGGAGCAGUGGACAUCAACCGGUCAGUGGUCAGUAAUAAUGGUCACUGUAGCAAUCUGGAAUUGAGGCCUGUUAACAGUGUUCCUGUGUAUAAGAGGCACUGGGAAAAGUCCAGCAACAUUUGGGGAUCAUAUCACUGUAAAGAUGUGAACACCUUUUCUUCGAGUCUUGUUUGUCAACAGCAGAACAAACCAAGGUGUAAAGAUGUUGACGGCAAGCAUCAAGGAGGCAGUCCUUCAAAUCAUCAGCGGAAAGAACAAAGGAAACAGAAUCAAACCUGUGGAGGCCAGGUGAAGAACAAGAAAAAAAACCAUCCGAAGAAAUUUUCACGUACUCCAACAUUGCCUCGAUGUUUGAAACAGGACGGGACACCACAAGAUUCUGAGAGACCUUCUUCCCAGAAGGAAUGUAAUGAAAUUCCUUGUUGUGGCUCUGCAGAUAAGGAAAAUCCAUUCACCACUAAUACCAUCCUUGGUACUUCUCAUGAACCCUCUUCUGCCCUGCAACCAGGAUUGAAAUCCCAGUCUGUUUCUGAAUCUGAGAUCAGAUGGUGGCAUGAUGGUAAUGUGUAUCCAUGGCAUCAUCUUCCAGAUGAAAUCUGGCUGCACAUUUUCUCUUACCUGCGCAAUCAUGACAGGUUUCAGUGUUCCUUAGUCUCCACUCAAUUCCACAGAAUCAUUCAAGAUGAAUCCUUAUGGAGGCACAUAACAUUGGAGAAGAAAAUGCUACAAGAUGAUUGGCUAAUGCGAAUUGCUCAUCUUCAUCCUUCCACACUUGAACUUAUUCAGUGUCAUGGUGACCAAGUGACAGCUGCUGGCUUAAGUUACCUUUUUAAAGAAUGUACAGAUUCUCUUUUAAAGCUGCGUUUUAGCCGCUGCAGCCGAGGUGAAUUAACUGGUGAUAAUAUUUUGCUUGCUUCUACUGUGUGCCGUAACCUUACACAUGUAGAUGCCAGUUGGUGUACAGUGACAGACAGUGGACUGUCAGCCAUUGCCAAAUCCUGUGAUAGAUUAGAAAGUCUUUGCUUGAAUGGUUGUGGGUUAAUUGCUGAUAAUGGUUUGAAAACAUUAGCAACCUUACAUUACAAAAGCUUAAAAGAACUGGAAAUGUUUGGUUGUUUUAACAUAACAUCUCGUGGCAUCCGGUACCUGGCAAGUAUAUGUAGAAACCUGAGAACUUUGCAACUUGGACAAUGUUAUAAAAUCACAGACUCUUGCAUUGCUGAAGUUUCCAGCAAUUUGUGUUGUGUGGAGAAUUUAGAUCUCCGUGGCUGCAAACAGAUUAAAGAUACAUGUAUAGAGAAAAUAGUCGACAACUGUUCGCGUUUACAGACACUAGCCUUGGCCAAUUGUCCAAACAUCAGCAAUAACGCGAUGCAGAAAAUUGCUUCCACACUUCCUGGAAUAAGGAGUAUAGAUGUUUGUGGCUGCAAGCUCAUAACAGAUGAAAGCGUCAACAGAUUGGCCAUGAACUGUCGCCAACUUGUUUACCUUGAUAUCAGUUCCACAGGCUGUACAUACAAAAGUGUCUGUCGGUUGGCUGAACAAGGCUCUACAGACUUGGAAACCUUAAAACUCAAUUUUAUUGCUGGUAUCACAGAAAGCAGUUUAACUAGGCUCACCAAUCACUGCAAAAGGCUGACAACUUUGCAUUUAUAUGGUUGUAAGCGGGUGAAGAAUUUGCAGAAACUGCAGGCACUUCAUCCCCAAUUGAUUAUAGAGUCCGACAAAGAUUGA